AUGGAAUCACUACUUCAAGAUUUGUGGCCGACCCUGGGGGGGGCCUGCCCCUACACACCCAUCGAGUCCCUGUACAGGAAGCACUGUCUUGAACAGGGGAAGCAGCAGCUGGAGCCGCAGGCGGCAGACCUGGCUGAGGAGCUCCUGCUCACUGACAGCAGCACCAUGUGGCAGACGGUGGAAGAAAUGGGCUGCUUAGAAGUGGAGGCCGAGGCCAGGAUGGAGAACUUGCGAGUGGCAGUUCCAGGUCGGCCCCUAGCUCUGACUGCUGCUGGUGGCCCAAAAGCCAGCCAGCCAGCUUAUCACCAUGGCAACGGACCCUACAAUGAUGUGGAUCUCCCCGGCUGCUGGUUCUUCAAGCUGCCUCACAAGGAUGGUAACAGCUGCAAUGCUGGCAGCCCCUUUGCCAAAGACUUCCUGCCCAAGAUGGAGGACGGCACCCUGCAGGCUGGCCCAGGAGGUGCCAGUGGGCCCCGUGCCUUGGAAAUCAACAAAAUGAUUUCUUUUUGGAGGAACGCCCAUAAACGUAUCAGGUCCCAGAUGGUGGUGUGGCUGUCCAGGUCAGCUCUGCCCCGUGCUGUGACCAGGCACCCAAACUAUGAUGAGGAAGGUCGCUAUGGGGCCAUCUUGCCCCAGGGGGUGACCGCUGGCACCAUCACUUAACGGGCUGUAGAGCCCACGUGGCUCAUUGCCAGCAACGCCCGACCUGACCGAGUAGGCAGUGAGUUGAAGGCCCUGGUGCAGGCCCCACCCGGCUACGUCCUCGUGGGUGCUGACGUGGACACACAGGAGCUGUGGAUUGCGGCUGUGCUUAGAGAUGCCCACUUUGCUGGCAUGCUUGGCUGCACGGCCUUCGGGUGGAUGACACUGCAGGGCAGGAAGAGCAGGGGCACCGACCUACACAGUAAGAGAGCUGCCACAGUGGGCAUCACCCGUGAGCACACCAAGGUCUUCAACGAUGGCUGCAUCUAUGGGGCGGGGCAGCCCUUCGCUGAGUGCCUCCUAAUGCAGUUCAACCACUGGCUCACGCGGCAGGAGGCAGCUGAGAAGGUCCAACAGAUGUAUGCGGUCACCAAGGGCCUCCGCAGGUAUCGGCUGUUAGAUGAGGGCGAGUGGCUGGUGACGGAGUUGGACCUCCCUGUGGACAGGAUGGAGGAUGGCUUGCUUUCCCUGCAGGAUCUACGCAAGAUCCAGAGAGAAGCUUCUAGGAAAUCACAAUGGAAGAAGUGGGAGGUGGUUGCUGAACAAGCCUGGAUGGGGGACACAGAGUCAGAAAUGUUCAAUAAGCUGGAGAGCAUUGCGAUGUCUGACACACCACGUACCCCGGUGCUGGGCCGCUGCAUCAGCCGAGCCCUGGAGCCCUCUGCUGUCCAGGGGGAGUUUAUGACCCGCCGUGUGAAUUGAGCGGUGCAAAGCUCCGCUGCGGACUACUUACACCUCAUGCUUGUGGCCAUGAAGUGGCUGUUUGAGGCGUUUGCCAUUGAUGGGCGCUUCUGCAUCAGCAUCCACGAUGAGGUUCGCUACCUGCUGCGGGAGGACUGCUACCGUGCUGCCCUCACCCUGCAGAUCGCCAGCCUCUUGACCAGGUGCACGUUUGUCUACAAGCUGGGUCUGAAUGACUUGCCCCAGUCAGUCGCCUUUUUCAGUACAGCCAAUAUUGACCAGUGCCUCAGGAAGGAAGUGAACAUGGACUGUAAAACCCCUUCCAACCCAACUGGGAUGGAAAGCAGAUACGGGAUUCCCGAGGGUGAAGCACUGGAUAGUUACCAGAUAAUUGAACUCACCAAAGGCUCCCUGGAAAAAUGAAGCCAGCCUGGACGGUAGC